GGAGCAGCCUGCUGCAUCCAGAGGUUCAGUCCAGUGAGCUGCACUAGUCCUGAGAGCCACCAGCUCAGAGAAGUAGUCCAGCCACUCCAGAAGCAUCCAGCUGCAGCACACACUCCACUCAGCCUGUGUCCAAAGACAGCAACAGCAUUUGUUUCUGUGACUCACUCCUGUUGAGAUCUCUGAGCUCAUUCAGAUCACAGCUGCUUGUUUCACCUGAGACUCAGAGCUGAACGCAGCACAGACGAUAAUGAUGAUGAGGAGGCAGCGGCACUCGCACACCUUUCUGGUCCUUCUCCUCGUGCUCUUCAUGGCUGGGAUAGUUCUGUCUGGUCCAUCCACUCCCCACAGGAGCAGAGUGAGGCGCCAGAACAUGAAGGUCCGCAUCAACGCCACAGGGGACACCAUUGUGAUGAAGUUUGUGCGUCCCAACGCCGACACCAAGCUUGAGGGCUACAUCCUCGGCUACGGCAGCAGCAUGUUCUCCAAACAGUUCAUCCAGCUGCCAGAGAACGGACAACCUUACGAGACUGAGUUCGAUGCUGAGCCCAAGUACCUCAUAGCUGUCCAGCCCAUCCCAACCAACGAAGUGAAAAAGCAUUGCACAGGUAAAGUGGAACUGCAGAAGCCUCUGCACUUGGUCAUUGGAUCGGUGACUCCCACCUCAGUUCUCCUGUCCUGGGGGACGCUGCUGAAAACCCCUUAUGAAGGCAAUAUCAUGAACGACUGUCUUGAGGAUGGACACUACACUGUGCGGUAUCGCGAGAGGAGCAGGAAGUGGAACUACCAGACCUGCCCGACAAGCGACACAGUCAUUGACAAUCUGAAGCCAAAUACAGUCUAUGAGUUUGGUGUCCAGCCUAACUCUAAGGAUGGCACUGGACUAUGGAGCAAGCCAGUCAUUCACAACAUCAGCACAUCAGGCGUAGAAGAAAAGGCCAUCAGGAAAAUCUUUAAACGUCCCAUCAGCCCUGUGAAACCCUUAACCCCAGAUUCCCACCCCUUCCCCUUUUCACCUCACCACGUACUCCAUAACAGGACCCGGGGCAGACAGCCCCUCUCCAGGAACAUAGCACCACAGACAACUCUUGCUCCAACCACAACUACUAGACAGGCAUCUCUCUCGACCCCUGGACCCACACUUCCUGUGGUCAACAAACAGCCAAUCGGAGGAGGAGACCUCUACAGAUCUGUCCUGCCUCCUUUGCCGGAGGCUCCAUUAGCUCCCAAGAUCCACUCUCCAGUACACAUUACUUCCACCAUGGCGUCUGUGCCAGUACCCAAUGCAAAUGUGGACAAACAGGGAGGGCACCUACAACAAAGGCCUGUGUCUCAGCCUCAUGCAGAGCCUCAACCAAAUUCCAGGCUCCAACCAUACUAUCGACCACCACCACAGACAAAACCCCAACCCCAAGUGAAGCCCCAAGUUAAGGCUCAACCUGUGCCAAAACCUCAUCGCCAAACUGAACCACAACUCCAAACAACAUCCCAGCCCAUACCCCAGACCCAGCCACAAACCUACACAACAUCCAGGCCCAAACUCCAGACACAACCACAACCCCAAGCAGCACCUCAGCCCAUACCACAGACAAAACUCCAGACACAGCCACAACCCCAAGCAACACCCCAACCCAUACCCCAGACACCACCUCAACCCCAAACAGUCCUGACAAAACUCCAGACACAACCACAACCCCAAGCAACACCCCAACCCAUACCCCAGACACCACCUCAACCCCAAACAGUCCAGACAAAACUCCAGACACAACCACAACCCCAAGCAACACCCCAACCCAUACCCCAGACACCACCUCAACCCCAAACAGUCCAGACAAAACUCCAGACACAACCACAACCCCAAGCAACAUCCCAGCCGACACUGCAGACACACCCUCUGUUACAAUCUCAGCCAAAGCCACACCCUAAAUCAAAUCAUCAAACCACACCACAGUUCCAUUCUGAACCAAAACCUAAACCAACAUUUAAGACCAAACAACAAACACAACCGCAGCUGAAGCCUCAGCCUCAGCCGUGGGUUCAGCUAGCACAUCCUCGAAUCAAUCAGCCAACACGUCAGCACAUACCUCAUACCCAAGAAAAACUGCUAAAUACUAAUACCCGACCACAGACUCAAUCUACAAAUCUGCCAAAGACUCAAACACACCUUCAACCAAAAGCACCGCGACCACACCUUCAGCUAACCAAGCAGCCAUCUAGACCCAGACAAACACCUAAACCAAAGAUCAUUUUUUCCCAACCCAAGCCCACAACACAACCUCAAUCCAAGAGCCAGCCUAUCCCCCAACCCCCACCUCAGCCAAAAAAGCAGCCAAAGCCUCAAUCACAACCUCAGGCAGGAAAGCAUCCAAAACCUCCACAAAGGCCCAGAAUUAGGAACCAACAAUCUGAGCCAAAGACUCAUCCACGGCCCCGACCACAACCUCCAGCAAAGACACAGACCCAACUUGUGCCUCAUUCUCAACCCAUUUCCAAACCACAAUUUACAACAAAAGCCCAUUCUCAACCUCUACCGAAGCCACGCCCCGUAUCUAAGCCCCAACCACUCCCUCAUCCUGGGCUUCACUUGCAGCCUCAGACCAGGACCCACUCUGAUCCCAUCAAGGUUACUGCAAAGCAGGCAGUCCCUACGGCUCCUAGUCCACCAGAAGAGGGCAAGCCUCUACCAAGACCUGCACUGGCUACAGAGAAAGCUGGUAGUUACAAUCAUGGUACCGGCGUCCUCAGACCGUCCGUUGCCGAAGUCCCUCGUUCUCCCAUUAGCUCACCAGUUCCUACAGCAGGAAGAAACACCACCCUGUCUCGCACCCGGGUUCCUCCUCAUUCCACUAAUCAUGGUGUCAGACCAUUCUCUCCAUCCAAGACAGUCACCUCUUCUCACAGCUCCAGCACACCUGGCGCCAAUGGGGCGCAUCAUAGGGGCAAUGCUCUUCCUAAACCUGUGGUGUGGUCCAAAGAGAAACCUGUUCUGCGUCCCCCUGUUCCUGGAAACAAGAGACCCAACCUGGUGGGGAAACCCAGUGAGCAUGAUAAACCCAUGGACCUGAAACAAGGAGACAAGGAGUCCAUCUUGAAGCCAUUCCCUCUGGUCACAGCCAAACCCAAACAAGAGCGCCGACAGCAGACGACCACCUCGGCCCCGGCAGUGAACAGUAGCCGUUUUGACAUAAAUGAAAACUCCUCUAUAUUCAGGCCUUUGCCGGCAUCAGAUGUAGACAUCAUGGGCAAGAAGCGCUUUGUAGCUCCUCAUGUCAUCUACAAGACAGACAAGAAGCCAGACGAGCCGUGCUCCAUCACCUCCUCUCUGGCUUACUUCCCCGAUGAGGAAGGCGGUGAUCAGAAUGUGACCGGUCCUCCCCGCAUCCCGCCCUCCAACGUCACCGUGGUCACCGUGGAGGGAUGUCCGUCCUUCGUCAUUUUGGACUGGCAGAAAUCAGACAAUGAAACUAGAGAGUAUGAAGUCGUAUCCACCACUAAAGGACCGAACGGACAGGAGGUGUCUAUCCUGACGACCAACCAGACACACACAGCUGUGGAGAAUCUCAAACCAGAGAGCAGUUAUGAAUUUAAAGUAACUCCAAAGAACGAGCUGGGAACCGGACCCUCCAGUGAUCCCGUGUCUUUCAGCACAGAAUCAGCGGAUCCACGAGUGAGCGAGUACGUUUCAGGCAAAGACGCUAUCUGGACUCAGUUCCCGUUUAAAGCCGACGCGUACUCCGAAUGCAGCGGGAAGCAAUAUGUGAAGAGAACUUGGUAUCGGAAGUUUGUGGGCAUCCAGCUGUGCAACUCUUUGAGAUACAAGAUCUACCUGAGCGACUCGCUUAAUGGGAAAUUUUACAACAUCGGUGACCAGACGGGGCACGGUGAGGACCACUGCCAGUUUGUGGACUCCUUCCUGGACGGUCGAACCGGCACCCAGAUGUUGGCUGAUCAGCUGCCAGGCAGACCAGGAUUCUACAGAGCGCUGAGGCAGGAACCUGUAAGCUUCGGAGAGAUCGGAGGAAAGUCUCAUGUGACUUAUGUAGGCUGGUAUGAGUGUGGCACGCCCAUACCUGGGAAGUGGUAGAAACCCCACAGGGCUGUCCAGGAAGAUGACUUCCUCAGCGUUGAAGGCGAAGCAGAUGGGCAUGAAAGAUGCCUGAAUCGGCCUGCAAGGAGGUGGGCCUUUCUAAUAUGUUACCAUGGACACUGUAGACGGCUCUGUCAGUUUGAACACACCCUCCUUUCAUGGGUGUGAACCUUUACAGGACUAUUAGGUGUCACAAAACUCUCGAGUGCAUUAGUAACAACUUAAUUUCUCUAUUUAUCAGCAACGUCCUAAGAGACGACAGAAGGCAGGAGUUUGAGUGAAGCAAAACGUUGAAUAUACAGUAAUCAGAGAAAAUGUUGGGAAGCUGGCUCCCAAACUGUAAUAACUUGUAUGAUAAUAUUUAUCAAGGUUAUUGAAUAUUCCGUGUGUGCUUGGGCUUUUGAGAUGAGACAAAACUGUUGCCAAUACAUGCAUGUCAGUGAGCACACACGUUGUUCAUGUGUAUACAGAAAGGUGCCAAUCAGAUGUUCAUUGUACAUUUGGACUGUAGGAUACAGAAACACAGACAUGCAGAACUGACCUUCUGCUGGCCCUAAGGGAUUAUUAGCAGUUGCAGUUUGCACAGUAUUAAACUUUUGUUCAUAUAUGUAUAUGGUGUGAAAAACCGUAUGUUCACCAGGGAUCAUAACGGUAGAUAAAAGAUUAAACUGCUUUAACCAAACUGUUCAUGUUGAGCCGAACAUUUCUAUGUGGCCACUUGGAAACCAAAGAUUUUUGUAUUUUUAAUGCCCACGCAGUCUUGUUGUGUAUUUUAAUAAAGAAUAAAUAUAUAUUUGAAAAAAAUGGA